AGGAAACUGACCAUAGAAAUAUUUCUAUGGAACUGACUCAGUAUUUAACACCGAGUCACUUCCAUCAAACAUUUCUUACAAAUCCUUCAAAUUUUUACCUGUACAAAAUUCCUACUGUGAUCACAGAAACUUUGAUAGUGUAACCCCCCCCACACACACACAGCCCUGCACCUACCUUGUUGGUUUUUGAGUGUGAAACUCUUGCCAAGAUUGAGAGAGCUUUACACAUACAUAUUGAGCAAAAUAAAAGAAGUCUGAAUAGUAUAAUAACAGCAAUAAAGUAUCACUCUGCCUCUCCAUAUUCCAUAAUGUUAUGUACAUUGAAAAUACUGUACAGUAACUCAGGAUUGCGUCGCCUGAGGAAUGGAAUUUUACAGCCAUUACUUGAUUUCUUGCCGAAAAUCAAUCGUGUUCAUUAUGACGUCAUAAUUGCUAAAAACACGACACGCAAUCUGUGCAGCACGCGCACGUUCAAACUCGUGAUUUGCGUCAUAAGUUUGUACACGGAGCAAUCUGGUACUGUCAGUUCUAAACUGUUCUCUCUAGUGUCCAGUAAGGAUCAUCUCUUAUUGAUUCAGUAUUAGAACAGGAGGAAACCUAAACUAAACUGCCCCCUUGGGGUGGUACCAAGAGUUCGUAAAUUGCACAAUAAGAAUGCCCAUUUACGUAAUUAAUAAAAUUUAUCCAAGAUAUCGCAUAACUCAUAACACUCUGACGUAAUCCUUAAACAAAUAUCUAUGUUGGGUUAACAUAUGAACGUUUUCAUCCUAUUGUCUAUUGUAGUCAGUUGAAACCCCAAAGCUUAACCUAUCAAUGUAAUGCCGAUGCAAAUUUAUUAACGUUUAACAAUUUUCCUUGAAAUUGCAUUCCAGACGUGUUCCGAUUCGUGAUUUCUGUAAUUUGAUACUAUAUCAUAUUUGUACUAGAGGGCAAAAGUUAUUUGAAAUUGUAUGCGACACACGGAUUGUUAGUUUUUGCGGCAAACGGCCGAAUUUGAUGUUGAAUAACUGAAAUUGAGUGAGUGUAACAUUUGGAUGCAUACAUUUCACGAUUCGAUUCGUUCGGGAUAUCUGUUUACCUAGUCCCUUAUACUAAAUAUGGAUUUGACAUUUUGUAUAAACAGUUGACGAAAUCUUGAGAUUGUAGAAAUGGAGGAUCUUGUAGAAUGUGGCUUGAAAUCUGAAGAAGAUGUAGUGCGUAUCUUGGAUGAACGUUUUCAGAGACAACAAUAUUAUGUAAGUAAAGAGUAUAUUCUAUUGCGAAGGCUGCUUUAAAGUUUCUCUGAUCGAAAUAAGAAUUUUGGAUAGAUAAUUCAGUGUUUAGGAUUAAACGACGAGAUUGGAUCUAACCACACAAGUCAUAAAAAAUAUAAAUACAGCCUCAUGUGUUCCCAUGAAAUGUCCAAGUAGUUUCUUCAGUCUCGUAUUUUUCGGCUAUUGUCAUCUAGGUAUAGGAAAACUUUGUCUGGCCUCAGUCGUCGAAGGUCGGAUGGCGCUAAUCAGGCUUUCUGAAAUUGUCUGUUGACUGGUCAGAUUAUACUUUAGAAUUUGUAAAUUAAAAUUUCUUUCUAUUAAAUGUGAGGUCACAUUAUAUAUAAACGGUUUCUUAAUCUUGUAUUAUUCAAAGCUCGCCGUAUGAUAACACAUUGUGUGUGUAGUAGCUACUAUGUACACACAAGUAAAGUUAUCAUAUUUCGCUGCUCUGGGAAUCUCCAGUACAACUCUGGACCAAAAUCUGUUUUCCAUUUACUCGUGAAGACCCAUCUACACGACACAACUUGUAGUACACGAUUGUCAUUCUGGCGUACGAAAACGACAGUUGCCAUCACUCACUCCUGUUUAUCAGUUUUAGCGCGAAAUCUGACAUCUUUACACGCAUUUAUUCAACAUACGCCAGGAUAGGAAUCGUAUGCCACUAGUAUCGUUUACAUGGGCCUUAACGGUUUCAAACAGACUAUAAGGUGGCCGAUGUAAUAUAGUAUUGAUAUAUCUCUGCAAUCAGGAAAGAACCUGAGCACACAUGCUGUAUUAUACUUUUGUAUUGCAAGUGUAGUCUCAUGUGAACAGGCUAAUAAAAAGACAAGACUAGUCUAAAUCGACAUCUAUAUAAACUAGGUCACGACAGCUUUGACUGAUAAACGAAAACAUGUUUAUGUUCUGAUUUUAUGUAUAUUUUUAGGUCGAUGCAGGAGACGUGCUGGUCACUGUGAAUCCCUGGAAGUCCCUUAAACAUGCUGAGAAAGAGGUACUAUAUAUUAUAUUUAAAGCUGUCCUGAGUUCACGUCUACGCUAAGCGGUGUUAAACAUAGAUAUCUGGUGUUAAACCUCGCGUGAUGCUGGUGGCCUGACGUGACAACAAACGACGCAGAUAAAACUGGAUGGAUACGAGCACGGCUAAGACCCCGUUUACAUGGUACCGGACGAAUUUGGGACGAGAACUACGGAACCGGACGAAUUUGAGACUCCAUAACAGGACGAAUUCGCGUGUAAACAGGCGAAAAAGGACGAAUUUGAGAUCCCCUAACAGGACGAAUUCGCGUGUAAACAGGCGAAAAAGGACGAAUUUCAAACAGGUCCCAAAUUCGUCCGGUACCGUCGGGGUCUAACUGUACGAAUUGCGCGCGGAGGACUGCGAUUGUCUCCGAAUUUGUCCUCGUGUGAAGAUGGGCUAAAGUCACGUUAUAUGUCACUCCAUGCCAUAAUGACAGAGGGAAAUAUUUUCAACUCAGCAGGAAGUUAUUUUAAACUCUGCAGGAAAAAUAAUACCAGACGAACGAAUUAAACAAAAAAUAAACAAAGCGAUAUACUCUUACAAACACCGACGUAGUUUAUCUUACAACAUUGACAUCCGACGCGUGUGAUUUAUGUAUAGUGUCUGUCUGUCUAUACAUUGCUAUUUCUUAAAUGCUUGAAAUGUUUUGCGUGAAACGAGAAAAUAGAUAGUUUUUUUUUCAAAUGUUUUUUCUUUUGAAGUCAUGACAAGAUUACCGGGGAUUUAAUUAAUACGUUUCUGCCUGCGUAUGAACAGAAUAUCCAACAGGAAGUUCAUUGACCUUUUUAAAAGGUUUAGCAAAUGAUUAUCAUUCCUAUGAAUGUAUACCACUGAGCUACACUGUAUUACUGGAGGACGUGCUCGGCAUAAAAAAGUGAAGCCAAAAACAUGGCGGAUUUUGGCCAGUUAUUAUACAGCUCACUGAUGCAUACCGAAGAAUCGGGGCAUAGGAGCAAGUGCUCCCAAGUUUUCUGUAAUAUGUCCUUAUCCCAAGUCUAGUCAAUCCCAAAAGUCUCCUUGUCUUAUAGACAAGUUGAACUCCGGAAAGAACAUAUAUAGAGAGUAGAGUACUGUAUUACCUCCGAGCAAUAUUAAGCACUCCAGGAUAAAAACAUAAAUAUCAUUGUAGGUUGUAGAUUUUCUCCGUUGUUACAAAAGCAAAGACAAACACCAUCCCCUCCCACCCCACCCGUGCAGUGUAGCGGAGAAAGCCGUUAGAAAUGGUUCAGAUGGCGUCAUCAUUCCGUUGGGAGAGAGUGGUUCUGGGAAAUCCAGCAAUGUUCAAAUGAUCUUGCACUACCUUGCGCUGCGCUGUCACGCACAGGAGCAGUGGUCUAAAGACGAAAUCUUGGCGGUAAGUUGCCGUAGACUGCGCUUUCGAAAUGUUAUGAUCAUUGGUGGGUUCCAGGGCAGUUCCAGAUCGUUCCAGGGCAGAGCGUUCCAGGGCAGAGCGUUCAAUUCUAUUCAUUUUUCCUCCAAAUACAAGACAACAUAUAAUGAACAGAAUGAACAUUAUUUUCUCGCUCUGAUAACUGCAGGUUUGACACCAUGCAAGGAGGUAGUAAGGUGGUUAGGAAGAUCCACUGAGCUAUGGUAAGAUUCCUGACUCGUUCUCAAUCGCUUCUCCCGCGUUGAAUGUUGAGAAUGAACAUGUCCAUGGGCCUUUGGGUUCUAUUAUUCCAACCUCCAAACGCCUGCCUUACAAGCUGAUCUUAACUUGUUCAAAGUAAAUUUGACUGUGGGAGAGUGAGGUAAGAUCCCACCUCGUACUACAAGACAAACUCAUACUCAGUGUAUUUUUCACCUUUUCUUCAGAUCAAUGAAGUGUUGGACAUCUUCUGUAAUGCCAGAACAUUGAUUUGCUCUAAUUCAACACGUUGUCUGAAAGUUUAUGAAGUAUUUUUUGACUCUAAGGAACAUCGCGUACUCGGAGGUGAGUCAUCGGAAAGGACUAUAGCGUCAAUGUUUGUUUUAUUUAUAUAAUAGUAUAACACAACUAUUUUUUAUUUCUAGUCAAUGUUAAAAUCAAUAUUCUUGAGAAGAUGCGUGUGAUCAGUCAAAUCAAAGUAUGCCAUGUUUAUCAGUUUACAUACCUGGAGAAACCACACAAUCGAACUAGUUCAAAACCGCGGCAAAACCGCGGCAUAACCGCAACAGAACCGCGGCCUAACCUCACCUAAACCGCAUUAUUUGAUUCGCCACAGUUUCAACUUUCUCUUUUUAAAAUAGGGUGAGAGCAGCUUCCAUAUCUUCCAUCGUUUGUUAAAUGGACUCAAUUCAGAGCAAUUGCAGAAAUACCUCCUUGACGAGGACCACAGGUAACAGCGUGAUUUAUAAGACGAUCCAGUGAAGACGAUGACCCUCUCAACAAUAUUUUCAAAGUUUCUAAAUGAUUGACUAUUUUUCUUAUACAGAUAUGUACCUUCGCUACCUAGAGAAGCAUUUUGUGAAAGUGAUAAUUCCCUCUCACAGUCUCUGAAAUGUUUAGAGAGAAUAGGAUUCAAUGAAAAGGUUGGUACUUGUCGAAGUAAACUAACUUUAUUUAUACUGCAGAGCUCUAUCAGUUCCAAAUUGUUCUCCCUGGAGAUUGUUCUCCCAGUAAGAGUCAUCUCUUAUUAAUCCAGUGUUACUACAG